AUGCAAACGGAUCAUAGAGUACCUACAACUAAUACAGCAGCAAUGCGACAACAACAUCGUAAACGAUCAGUUUCAAGUGUGAAUCCUCGUAAACGUGAUCGUCAUGAUCUGAUUUGUGUUGUUUGUCAUGCGCCAGCUAUGGGCUAUAAUUUUGAUCAAAUAACAUGUGAAAGCUGUAAAGCAUUUUUUCGUCGAAACGCAUUAACUAAUGCAGGCAAAUUAAAAUGUCGUUCUGGCACUGAUGAUUGUAUUAUUUCUUUAGACACACGAAAAAGAUGUAAAGCAUGCCGACUUAAAAAAUGUUUUGACAAAGGUUUACGUAAAGAAUGGAUUAUGUCCGAAGAAGAAAAACGUACAAAAAAACAAAAAAUUGAAGAUAAUCGUCGUUUACGUGCUAUGUCACAAAAUUUAACAAUGUUUUCAAUAACACCAUCAACUUCACCAUCAAUUGUUCCUGAAACUGAACCAUUUAAUUUUUCCAUUGAAUAUCAAAAACGUUUCAGUAAUGAUGAUGAAGACGCGGAUGAUAAUGAUAACAAAGAUAAUAUAUAUCUUUUUGAUGAUAAUAAUGAUACAAAUGAUAUUAAACCAUUUGAAACAUCAUUUAGUCAUAACAAUAAUAUAAAUCAAAAUAAAUUUGAUUAUAAAACCUUAUUAAAUGAUCAUGAUAGAAUAUUAUUAAUAAAAAUUGAUGAAAACUAUACACGUGCUGUUCAAUUAAACAUAUCAGUUGCGGAAGGUUAUGAUUUACCAUGUUUACGAAAUCUCAACCAUAUAACUAAUAUUGUUAAUGAACUAACACAAAUGAGUACACUACGAACGAUUACUUUUUUAAAAUUAACACCUGAAUUUAAUUGUUUACAUGAAGAUGAUCGACUUGCACUAGUCAAACAUAAUUUAUUAGCUUCUUUAUUUGUUCAUUUAUGUAUGUGUGUUGAUAUACAAACACAAAUAUAUCAUGAACCCAAUACUUCAAAUGAUUUUUGUUAUCGUGCUGGUGAAUUACGUCUUUAUUCAGAUGAAGUUUAUCAACAAUCAAUGAUGUUUAUUCACGAAGUUCAAGAUAUAUGUUCAAAUGAUCAUUUAAUUAUGAAAAUAGCUAUGUUAAUUAUUAUUUUUUCAAAAGGAUCCGAUGUAAAUGAACCAUAUUGGCUUCAUCCACAUGAAAUAUUUCAUGCACAAAAUGUUUUUAUAGAUAUUCUCUGGAAAUAUCUUGAUGUACGCUUUAAUAGUGACUUGACAGCAUCAAUUUUUUCACGUUUGAUAUUUGCUUGUAUGAAAGCACAAAUAUUAGGACAAAAAACAAAAGAAGCAGUAUCUAAACAGACUGUUUAUUAUGAUCAUCUUGCUCCAUUAAUGCAAUCAGUUUUACUCAGCUCCUAG